CAACAACAACAAUUAAUUGACUAUAAAAUGAAAUCAACAAUUUCAUAUUUUUUGAUAGUGUUGAUAUUUCCUUUGCAAUGUUCAUCAUAUUUAUCAUCAUUGAAAAUGGGAUCAUCCCUCUCAGUGGAGAAACAUGAAGAAGAUGUAAUUGUGUCUCCAGAUGGAACGUUCUCAGCUGGCUUUAUUCAAAUUGGUGAAAACGCAUUUUCCUUUGGCAUAUGGUUCACAGAGCUGCCUGACAGUCACAACUCUGCCACUGUUGUUUGGAUGGCAAACCGCGAACAACCUGUCAAUGGUAAGCGCUCAAAGCUUUCCCUCUUAAAAACAGGCAACAUUAUCUUGCUUGAUGCAGGUCAAUACAACACUUGGUCUUCAAACACAGAAUCAAAUGUUCCAUUAGAGUUACAUCUCAAAGAAAAUGGUAAUCUUGUGUUACUUGAGCUUCAAGCAACAACCAUCUUGUGGCAAAGCUUUGAUUUCCCCACAAAUACUCUGCUUCCUAAUCAACCUCUCACUAGAUACACAAAACUUGUUUCUUCAAGAAGCCAUAGUAAUCACUCCUCUGGCUUCUAUAAACUUUUCUUUGAUGAUAACAAUGUCAUUCGUCUCGAUUACGACGGUCCUGAUGUUUCAAGCACAUAUUGGCCACCACCUUGGUUGUUAAGUUGGGAAGCAGGAAGGUUCAAUUACAAUAGUAGUAGAAUUGCUUUCUUGGAUCCUCUUGGACAGUUAUUUUCAUCUGAUAAUUACUAUUUUUUCACAUUAGAUUAUGGUAUGACUAUACAAAGAAGACUAACCAUGGAUUUCGAUGGUAAUAUUCGAGUUUAUAGUCGAAAAAACAUGUCACAAAAUUGGUAUGUUUCAUAUCAAGCCAUACUUAAUACUUGCAUCAUUCAUGGAAUUUGUGGAGCUAAUAGCACUUGUAGCUAUGAUCCUAAAAAGGGUAAGAAAUGUUCUUGCAUUCCAGGUUACAAAGUGAACAAUUCUAGUGAUUGGUCUUAUGGAUGUGAACCCAUGUUAGAUUUCACUUGCAAUAAUAAAAAUGAGUCUACCUUUUUAAAAAUGCAAGGUGUUGAGUUCUAUGGUUAUGACAAAUAUUAUUACGUAAACAAUAGCUACAAAUAUUGUGAAACUUUAUGUUUACAAGAUUGUAGCUGUAAAGGGUUCCAAUAUGCUGAGGACAUGGACAAUGGAGUCUCCAAAUGCUAUACAAAGAGUCAAUUGCUGAAUGGAAGGCAUUCACCAAGUUUUCAAGGAAUAACAUACUUGAGACUACCAAAAGAUAAUAAUUACUCUAAACAUCAAUCUAUGAAUGUAAAUGAUCAUGUUUGUUUUGUGCAGCUUCACAAAGACUAUGUCAAAAAACAAGAAAAUCCAACGGUGAGGUUUUUUCUUUGGCUUUCAAUUACAAUUGCUGGUUUAGAAUCUGUCUGCGUUUUGGUGGUUUGUGUUCUUUUAAUUAAAACCAGCAAAAAGUCUAGUACUGCACAACAACAAAACUAUCAUCAUGUUGCAUUAUUUGGAUUCAGAAAAUUCAGUUACUUAGAGCUAAAGAAAGCAACAAAAAAUUUUAGUGAAGAGAUUGGAAGAGGUGGAGGAGGUGUUGUAUACAAAGGACUAUUAUCUGAUCAAAGACAUGUUGCAAUAAAGAAACUUCACAAUCACAAUGCUAAACAAGGAGAAGGUGAAUUUCUUGCUGAAAUAGCCAUCAUUGGAAGGCUUAAUCACAUGAAUUUGAUUGAAAUGUUGGGAUAUUGUGUUGAGGGUAACCAUAGGCUUUUGGUAUAUGAGUACAUGGAAAAUGGUUCUUUGGCUAAAAAUCUUUUAUCUAAUGCUAACAGACUUAAUUGGUGUAAGAGGUAUGCCAUUGCUUUAGGAACAGCUAGAGUGUUAGCUUAUUUACAUGAAGAAUGUUUGGAAUGGAUUUUGCAUUGUGAUAUUAAGCCACAAAAUAUACUUCUUGAUUCUAACUUGCAUCCCAAGUUAGCUGAUUUUGGUCUUUCUAAGUUAAUAAAUAGAAACAAUCUAAAUAAUGAUUUAGGAUUCUCAAUGAUUAGAGGGACUAGAGGUUACAUGGCACCUGAAUGGGUUUUUAAUUUGCCAAUAACAUCUAAAGUGGAUGUUUAUAGUUAUGGAAUUGUUGUGUUGGAAAUGAUAACUGGAAAAAGUCCAACAAUGAUGAUGAAUAUGGAAGGAGAUCAUGAUGGAGAAGUGGCACAUAAUGAAAGGAUGGUAACUUGGGUAAGAGAGAAAAAGAGGAGCACAUGUAAUUGGGUGGAAGAAAUUGUGGACCCUACAAUGGGGAAUGAUUAUGAUGCAAGUAAGAUGGAAAUUUUGGCUAUAGUUGCUUUGGAUUGUUUAGAGGAAGACAGAGAUAUUAGGCCUACUAUGAGCCAAGUGGUUAAGAUGAUUGAAAGCCAUGAGAUAGAUGUUUGAUGUUAAUUUGAAUCUUUGGUCUUUUGAUUUUGGCACAACAGAUAGGACAGAUGAACCUACAUGGUUUCUCUUUGCAAAUAAUUAAUCUUAUGCCUCAUCAAUACAUUUUGGUGAAAAUGAAUUUAGAAUUUGCAAUUUUUGGCAUGUUUAAA